ACACAAACUUGUCUUGAAAAGAGGCAUAAACCCUAGCUAUGUAAUGAGGCGCAAACGUGAUUUCCAAGUGGACACGUGUCAUCCCCUUAAUACCUGAGCCUUUUCCUCUCGCCGUGGAAUAACAAGAACACGGAUUUCGCAAACUUCUCCCAUUUUUUCACUUUUCCUCUUCUUCUUCUUCUUCUUCUUCUUCUUCUUCUUCGUAAGAGUACUCAUUUUCAUUCACUGUUUUAUCUAUUAUUUCCCUUUUUCUUCCUUCAAUUUCAAACCCAAAAAACAGAGAGAGAUGGAACAGAGUGGUUCCGAUUGGUUAGAGAGUGAAAUUGAAACUGCAGAAAUUCUUGCUGAUUUGCGUCAUACUUUCUCUUUGUUCAGCCAUGUACCUUACUCAUGGGUCCGUAGAAGAAAGAGAUCUGCAAUUCAAAAUAAGCCUUCAUCUAAUGGCGGCGGCGCCACCACCACCGUUGUUCCUCCACCUCCUCCUUCUAACGCCGUUAAAGUCAAAGCUUCAAGUCCAACAACCCCUCAUUCGUUUCCAGCCACUGAAUCAGAUGAGAAACCCAAACAUUAUGAAAAAAGAACUUCUCUCAAAAGGAAGAAAGAGCACUAUCUUAAUAUUAUUGAAGAUUUGACCAAAACUAAACACUCCAUCAUUCAAGAGAUUGCAAAUGUGAAACAUCAAUAUGAAGAAUUGAAGGUCUUCAAUUCCAAAUUGAAAGCAAAGGGGAAGGAGCUAAAUAUUAAUGGUCCCAAAGGUGAAUACAAAAUUCCCAAUUUAGAAAUUAAUAACCCAAUGAAAUUGAAGGAUGUCAUCAAAAAUUCAGUCGACACUUCCAAUUCCACUACCGAAAAUACAGAGCAAAGAAUUCAUGAUGCCAACAAUUUUGGGGUUCAUCCAACGACGUCGUUGGGAGUUGCAUCAUCAUCAUCAUCUUCAAUGGGCCAAAACAGUGGUAAUAUAGGCCCAUUAUCCAUUCCAGAUUUGAACUUAUCAUUUGAAGCAAACAUAGAUUUGAGUAAAGUAAGGGAAGCUCAAGCAAGAAAGAGAAGGUUUCAGAUUUUGAGAUUCAAGAGAAAUAAUGGCAAACAACACCAAUCUUCUUCUAGUAGAUAACACUCAAACUACCAUUGAGAUGUCAUCAGGAAGACAGUUUUGUUAUAGAUUUUUUAAUCUAUUUUAAAAAGUUAUAUAUAUUCAUUAGAAGUAUCUCUUCUCUUCAUAAGAAAAUUCUUAUGACGUUGAAGAACCGAGAUUGCUAUAAAUAUAGUACAUUAGUAUAGUACAUUAGUAAAUCUUGUUAGUAAUUUUUGAGAUUCAUAGUUGCAAUGGAUUUUGGUGACAAUUAGGUUUGUCACAAUUAAAAUUUUGGAGACAAUUGUGUGAUCUUUGGCAGCAGUUUAAAGGAUCACAUAAGAUAGGUUAGAUCUUGUAUUGGCUUCUUAUGCAAAAAUUAUAUAUUCUCUUCUCAAUUAUUAAUACUAAUCCUUUGAGUCGAUGAGGAUUAAAAACAUCUAUGUAUUUGAGUUCAUUCUUUGUUGACAUCAACUUUAGUACUCUAUUCAUAUUCCAUGGAUAUCUAAAUACCUAUACUUGUAGUUUAUAUCUAAGUAGUACUCAUCCCGUAAUUGUUAUCAAUAUUUUUAAUAAAAAUAAAUCUAUGAAUAAUAAAAUAUCAUAUUAUUUUAAGUUCCGUCUGAUAGUUUCUUUUUUACUAUGUUUGUUGGUGAAUAAUUUGAAAAUUCUUAGAGUAAUGUAGCUUCAAGUGAUCAUACUCUUCCGGUGGAGUAUGAUAGUUCUUUUGAACUAUGACGGUUAGUGAAGACAUUGUACAUUUUUUUGGAGUAAUGUAACUUCGAGUGACUAUAUUAUUUAUUGUGAAGUAUGAUAAUUUUUGUGAACUAUCAUUGUUGAUGAAGACACUGUAAAAGUUAUUGGACUGAUGUAGUUUCCAGUAAUUAUAAAUUUUACAGUGGAUUAUGAUAGUUCUUCGAACUAUGAAUGUUUGUAUAAACAUUGAAAGUUAAUGUAUUAUUUCCAAUUAAGGUGAAAAUUAUUGGUAUUGGUUAAAAAUAUGUUGAAGAAGUCCAGCAUCACCUAGUAUUGUAAAGAAAUAGGAAAACCAAUAUAUAUAAUGGACUUCAGUUCAUUGUUUUAAAUACAUGAGUCAAAAACCCUUUAAACUUGUACUUGUCUUU